AUGUCCCACGCCCGCCCAAAACGCAAGGCCGCAGCCAACAAAAACUACACCGACCCCUCCGGCGAGGCGCUCUUCGAAACACCCGCGGCCAGCGCCGGCAGCGCCCCGAGCAACCCGCCAGCCGGCCCGGCGGCGCCGAAAACGGCCCGCAAACGGCCCGCCCCAGGCAGCAGGCCGCCGUCCGGGCUGGCCACGCCGCCCGGCAGGAAAAACGCGGCUCCCGGCGCGCCGCCCCGCCACGUGCCCUACAACUGGCAGCCGCCCGUGGCCGCCGCCGACGAGUUCUCGCACAAGCUCGACUUGGCCGGCGCCACGGUCAACACGUCGUUGCAGACGUUGAGCUGCCCGGCCCACGCGGCCCCGGCGGCGCACCCGGUGGGCGGCCGGCGCAAGCAGCCGCGCGCGUGCCUCCAGAUCCACAAGGGCGACUACAUCUACAUGGUCAGCGAGCCGCCCGGCGAGCCUUACUACAUCGGGCGCGUCAAGGGCUUCAAGCGCAAGGACGAGCUCGCGCCGCAGACGGAGGUGGAGAGCGCGGCGCUCUACGUGUUCCAGAUCCAGUGGUUCUACCGGCCGCGCGACAUCCUGAAGCACACGUUGGACUCGCGGCUCCUCUUCGCGUCCAUGCACAGCGACGCGUGCCCGCUCUCCAGCUUCCGCGGCUUGCUCACGGUGCUCCACAAGCUGGACGUGGAGGCGCUGUUCGUGCCGCCCGCGGGCGGCGCGUGGGGCGGCGCGGUGGAGUUCUACCUGUCGCUCCCGAACUGCUUCUACUUCGACAAGCUCUACGACCGCUACAUCUUGAAGUUCUACGACGUGGUGCGGACGGCCGCGUUGCUCCCGCACCUCGGCAACGCCGCCAACUGCAGCCGCAACUACAUCCUCGCCUUGAACAAGCGCUUCGAGUUCGUGUGCAUGGAGAGCACGCGCACCAAGGGCUUCCUCAACACCUUUUCUUGCACGCGGAGCACCCACUGCGACGUGUGCGCCGAGUGGUGCGGCCUGGCGGACGCUGUCGCCUGCGCUUCCUGCGCCAGGCACUUCCACAUGCUCUGCCUCGACCCGCCGCUCUUGAAGAAGCCCAGCCGCGGCUUCAGCUGGUCCUGCGCGCGCUGCUCCAAGAAGCACGAGUUGGAGCACCAGAGCAAGAAGAUCUUGAUGCUCGCGCACGACAACCGCUCCUCCAACGCCGACGAGCUCUCGUCCGCGCCCGACCCGCGCCUGGCCCACGACGACCCGGAGCCCAGCUCCCCGACUAAGCCCCACGUCACGCUCCCCAAGUACGAGCUCAUGGCCACCGACUACUUGCUCAAGGACUCCCUGGUCUCGGUGCUCGAGCGCCGGCUCAAGGAAGAAUGGAACAUCCGCUACUUGGGGCUCCACGCCCGGCUCGAGGAGGCCGUGGACCCCUAUGACAGGUCAUACUACCCACGCGCGUCCACGUCCCUAGGCCAGCGCUACCAGGUCUCCAACAUCCCUGAGUGCACAGCCCAUCCGAUCGUCUACUACGACCCGGACAAGUCGCCCGCAGAAAAGAACAAAAAGAAGCCUUCCAGCAGCAGGCGGCCUGCCAAGAAGAAGCCCGAGGCCGCCUCCGUGAAGGCAUUGCCCAUCCCAAAAGAGUUCCAGGGCGUGUCCCCGAAGGAUUUCCCCCUGUGGCUCCAGCCCCGCCCGAAAGGGUACAUCGAGCGCGGAGUCGACGAUGGCGCAGGGGAAACGUGCACCCUCAUGUGGAAGGCUUCCCAGACCGACUUCGCGGACAACUUCAAGUCCCUAGACGCCUUUGUGGCUACCCAGGAUCCGGUCGCUGCAAGACUAGGCAUCCACCCAAACUCCCCCAACUUCGCCGACGCGGUGGCCCAUGCGUACAUGUGCUGUAACGGCAACACGCAGAAGGCUUCGGAGAUUGUCUCUCGCUUGACGCGGGCCUCCCUCAAGGAGCCCACUCUCAACAAAGAGGAGGUCAAGCGAUUCGAGGCGGGGGUGAAGAAGCAUGGCAGUGAACUUUAUCCCGUCUCUAAGGAGGUUAGGACCCAGCCCACGUCCAUGGUCGUCAGGUUCUACUACAUAUGGAAGAAGACCAAGCGAGGCCACUUGAUCUGGGGCAAUUUCCCGGGAAGGAAAAAGAAACCCACCAAAGAACCGGAAAUGAGAGUGGCGCCCAUAGUGGACGACUACGCCGACUCCGACGAUGACUCGGCCUACGAAAACGAAAAGAUCAUCGUCAAGAAAAAGCCUUUCCAGUGCAAGCAUUGCAAGUCGUACACCUCGCAGAAAUGGUUCAAGAUUACUGGCUUCGAUGGCACAACCGUACACACUGACGCAUCUGAGGUCGAUGAUAUUGAUCCUUCUUGUGUCACCGCCCUCUGUUUCCGAUGCGCAAAGAUCUGGAGAAGGUAUGCCGUGUACUGGGAAGACCCAUUGGAAGUGGAAAAGAAAAUCGCCAAAGGCGUCGGUGGGUACAGAAAAAAGGUCGAAUCAGAGCUUGUUGCUGAUGCAGAGAAGAUUCUCCUCCACGCUCGGAAUGAGGGCCUGGCUUUAUCGUACGAAGUUACCAGAAAACAACAUGAAUGCAGCGUGAUGCACACCACCAGCCAAUCAAAGUCGAUAAAUGGCCUUCUGAAGCCUCCGGCACAAAUCACACUGACCCCGAAAGCGGUUGCAGAAGAGAUCAAGCCUGCCACGAAACCGAAACAGAAGCCUUCAAAUGGCACAAAGUCGACCCCGCGACAACGAAAGACCACCAGCACUGAGACGGCCCCCGAUGUACACAAUCUGGAAAGUACAGAAGCCGCUGGCAAGAUUUCACCGGAGGAAGGACCUAAUAAGAGUGCAAUCAAAAAGAGAAAAGUUGAACCAAAGCUUUCCUCGGAAACGGCGAAGCCUGAGCGCCCAAAGAAACGGCAGGCUCCCGUCAAGACCGAACCCAGCACGAAAGCGAAGAAAAAUAAAGUGAGCCCUAGCAUCUCGCUGGCACAUGAAACAAGUGUGAAGAAUGAACCCGAAGAGACAGUGAAGGCGGAAAAGCUGUCCGAUUCCAAAACCGACCCCAAGGCUGCGCCCGUGAGGCGUCAAAGAAAAAACACAGAUACUACGAGUUUGGUAUCCCCGUUGUUCAAUCCUAACUACCAACUUAAGCUUGAGGAUUCCCUCUCUGCUUCGAGAAACGAUAAAAAGAGCCUCCCGCCAUUGGAUAAGGAUACCCUUACGCAAGUUUUAGACAACUUCAAGUAUCGCCAGCUUCUGGAUAUGAAACUGAUUAUCCAAGGAUGGCAGGCACCUCAACAAGCAAAGAUUGAUGUGCCUUUCGCACCAAAUGACCGCAACUGCUCUAUUUGCUUAGAGCAUGAUAACUUGGACUCCUCAUCUCAAGAGAUGCUCAUAUGUUCAAAUUGCGGUGUGAAUGUUCAUGGAUCGUGUGCUGGCAUAAUUGUUUCUGGGAAGGUCAAACCUGUGAGACAAUGGCUCUGUGACCCAUGCGUCAAUGAUAUGGGCCCCCAAUUCAGCACCAACUACUCAUGCAGUAUAUGUCUUGCAAAAUCCACCAAUGCAGAACUGGCUAUUCUCGGUGAACCUCUGGAGAGACCAGACUAUCUACUACCCAUCAUCGAAACCGGGCGAUGGUGUCAUAUGAUUUGUGCCUUGUACUGCCAUGAUCAAAUUGCAUUUCGGCAUGUUCUGGCUCCUACUUUCGUCGCCAAGGAAAUUCUUGGCUCAACGAGUACAAAGAGUAUCGGUUGCUUGAUCGAAAGUGUCUCGAAAGUGUUCGUGGAGAACUUUGACAAACGUUGUGGAAUAUGCAAUUGCUUCAAUGGCGGGCUCAUAAAGUGCGACAUGUGUGAAACCGAAGACAACGCGUUUCAUGUCACAUGUGCCCAGGACACUCCUAACUUCAAACUCGGGUUUAAACUAGUCCCCCAAAAGAUUAACAGGUCGAGCACAAAUACUUUUGUGCGGGACCAAGUCGGUAAGUUGCAGCCUAUUUUGAUAUGUCCGAAACAUGAACAGAAGGGUAACAUCUUGGAGAUUAGGGACCAGGGGAAACGAUCACCAUCUGGCGAGUCAAAACCCUUGAUACAGCUCUUCAUUGAAGAUCUUAUGAGGCAAGGCCAUCGGUUGAGUGGUACUCAAUUGCGAGCGCACAACUACAUUUCCAUGAUUACUACAGUCAUGGAGAAA